AUGAUUGUAUCCAUUUCCAAUGGCCAAUCCUCGGUUGGGAAGGGACGUGAUGUCCCUACAACACUAAACUAUAUAUUCCCGCCUGGCCGUGAAGGAUUAAAACCUAUCGACGCCGAUAUACCCGAGGCUCAGCGGCGUUUCGCUAAACGCGAGGGUAUCAACGAUGUGAGAGACGUUGUAAUCAAGGAUAUUCGUGGUAAAGAGCACGAAUUCACCUUAGAUGUUCAAGGCUUUCAAUACGUUAAACAUGAGAUUGUGGGGGUUACAGAUUGGCAUGACGCCGCUCAGAUAAAACAAAUAAUUCAGUCCGCUACAGAAGAGCUGGUCAAGCGACUAACCGGCGGAUCCGAAGUCGUCGUAUAUCUCACUCGCACCAGAUUUGAGGGUAACGAAGUCGGGAACCAAAUGAGCACCCCGAACUCUCCUUCGCAUGGUGUUCAUUCAGACAUGACGCGUGCAUCUUGCCGGACUGUUCUAAAGGAUGUCCUUACCGAAGAUGAGAUUGAGCGGCUUCUUAGCCAUCCCUUUGUCGUUGUCAACGUCUGGAGACCCAUCAAAACAGUUCAAAGAGAUCCUCUUGCGGUGUGUGACUGGCGAUCUGUUGACCCUGCCACAGACAUCGUCCCAGAUCGCAGAAUCAUUUCCGACCAUGUAGUCGAGUUUGGCUUGCCUGUCUACAACGAGAAGCAUGACUGGUAUUAUCUUAGCGAGCAGCAGCCGGAUGAGCCGCUCAUCUUUAAGCAGCUAGGCAGUGAUGCUGCAUCUAGCGUAACACUGCUUCACUCUGCAUUUGUGGACCCUGAACAUAUCAAUGGCCCUCCACGGGAGAGUAUUGAGAUGAAGUGCUUUGCGUUCUUCACUGAGAGGACUUCUUGA